AUGCGCACCUCCACAGCGCUAGCAGCCGUUGCUUUGACACAAUCUACAUUCGCAGCGAUUGAGCCGAGGAAUUUUAUUUUCAUCGUCCCCGAUGGCAUGGGCCCGGCCUCUCAGACCCUUGUCAGGACGUAUUUGUCCAUGAUCAACGGUGAUUCAACCACCCGAGCACCAAGAAUCAAGUCACUUCCUCUUGAUGUCACUGUCAUUGGAAACACCCACACACACUCUUCCAACAACCUCGUGACAGAUUCCGCCGCUGCCGGCACUGCUCUUGCAACUGGUCAUAAGACUAACAAUGGAUUGAUUGGACUUUUGCCUGACGGCAAACCAGUAGGAUCCGUCAUGGAAGCUGCAAAACUGGCUGGUUACACCACUGGUCUUGUUGUGACUUCGCCCAUCAGUCAUGCAACUCCUGCAUCCUUCUUCUCCCACGCAGCAAGCCGUAAUUCUCUAAAUCAGAUUGCGGAGCAGCUAGUCGGAUAUAGCCACCCCCUCAACAUCAGCGUGGACUUGAUGCUCGGCGGCGGACGCUGCGAUUUCCAGCCUCAAAACGAAACCGGUUCCUGCAGGACCGACAACAUCGACCUAUUUUCCUAUGCCAAGUCACAGGGUUACUACACAGCCCGCGACCGUGCUGGAUUCGAUGCUCUCGAGCUUGGUCUCGGGAACAUCCAACUCCCCUAUGUCGGCCUCUUCAAGGGCGGGGACCUCAGCUACGAGGUCGAUCGCCAGCAACAAGCCGCAGAAGUACAGGAGCCAUCGCUAUCCGAGAUGACAAAGGCGGCGCUCAACUCGCUCUCGCGCGGCAGCGAAUCCAACGAAAAAGGUUAUUUCCUAAUGAUCGAAGCAUCGCGUAUCGAUCACUCAUCCCACGCCCACGAUUCUGUUGCGCAUCUCCACGACGUACUAGAGUUCAACCGCGUGACCGAUAUCGUUACGAAGUGGAUCGACGAGCACCCUGACACUGCCUUCCUCGCUGUUGCAGACCACGAGACUGGUGGUAUUACCCUCCCGUCCGGACACAACCCUCAAGUUCUCCAACCAGGAAAGCACUCGGUUGAGUACCUGAGUGAACAGUGGAGCAAGUACAGUGGCACCGAUGCAGCUGGUUUCCUCGCUAAGGAGAUAAUUCCUGCUUACGGCAUCACCAAUGUUUCGGAUGCGGAGAUUCAGACGCUGAUUGCUAGUGAGAACUUUGCGCAGGAGUUGGCGGACCUGCUGAAUGCGAGGGCGGGACUUGAGUGGUCGACUGGUGGUCACACAGGCGUUGAUACAACACUGUACGGUUACGCUGUUGGUGAGAUGGGUGAUCGACUUGUCUUGGAUAUGUCUGGAGGCUGGGAUAACACUGAUAUGCCCAAGUAUGUUGCGAAUGCGCUGGGUGUAGAUAUGGAUGAGGUCACCGAGCUGUUGAACGCCCAAGGGAGAGCGUGGGUACCAGUGGAUGCGCCACAGAGUUAA